CGGAUCCGGCCCCAUGCGGAACGGGAGAGCCCUGAGCAGGGCUCAGGCGCCAGGAUCCCGUGGAAUCGCAGCCCGGGGCUGCCGCCGCCAUGGGCAGCUGUGUGGGGAGGCAGCGCAGGGAGCGGCCGACCACCCCAGGGCACCCGCGCAAGCGAGCAGGUCGCAAUGAACCUCUAAAGAAGGAGCGCCCCAAGUGGAAGAGUGAUUACCCAAUGACAGAUGGACAGUUGCGAAGCAAGCGGGAUGAGUUCUGGGAUACAGCACCGGCCUUCGAGGGCCGCAAGGAGAUCUGGGAUGCACUCAAAGCUGCUGCCUAUGCUGUGGAAGCGAAUGACCACGGACUAGCACAGGCCAUUAUCGAUGGUGCUGGUGUUACCUUGCCCCAUGGCUCCCUUACUGAGUGCUACGACGAAUUGGGGAACCGGUACCAGCUCCCUGUUUAUUGCCUGGCCCCGCCUGUCAACCUGAUUAUGGAGAGGAGUGAGGAGGAGGGUGCGGAGCCCCCCGAGCCAGCACCCAACACCCGGCGCGAGUUCCCUCUCAAAGUGCGCCUCUCAACCGGCAAGGACCUGCGCCUGAGCGCCAGCAUGACUGACACAAUUGGGCAGCUCAAAAAGCAGCUCUUUGCCCAGGAGGCGCUGGAGCCUGCCUGGCAGCGCUGGUUUUUUUCUGGCAAGCUCCUGACAGACCGGACCCGCCUACAGGAAACCAAAAUCCAGAAGGACUUUGUCAUUCAAGUAAUCAUCAAUCAGCCGUCUGCACCAAGGAACUGAAUUGGAGGCGGCUGGCACAGGGCCCGUUCUGUGGCCCAGGGGCUGUGCUGGAGUCCGUGAGCAUGAGGCUGUUCUUGUGCCUGGGGAAAGCAGAUGGUGUGCUCUGGACCAUGGCUGGAAGGUU